UUCUGUUACAGAGACGCAGCAAAAACCAUGACGGACGACGACCGCCGCCGCAACUGGAAGCUUAACGUCGGAGAGUACAUCGGCGACGUGGCUUCCCUAUGUUUCCUGAACCUUCCUCCUCAUGUUUCCUCGAUUCCUUACCUUCUCGCUGGUUCCGGCUCUCAGAUUCUGAUAUACGAUUUGAGUUCUGGGGAAUUGAUUCGCUCGUUUCAAGUGUUCGAGGGGGUUCGCGUCCACGGUACCACCUGUAGCAGCAGCUUUCUCCGUGAGGCGGAUCGAUAUACUUAUAAGCUCGUCAUCUUCGGAGAGAAAAGAGUGAAUGUUUUUGCCUUGACGCUUGAAUAUGCUUCGAGCUCUGGAAAAACCGACGUGAAUUUGAGCUUGCUUGAUUCUUUGGCGAGGCUUAGCAACUGGGUUUUAGAUGUUUGUUUCUUGCAGGACUCUGUUGGCUCAUUCGAGGAAGAACGUGAGCUUCUAGCAAUUGGUUGUAGUGAUAAUUCUAUCUGCGUUUGGGAUUUUAAAGAAACACGGAUGUUUCUCGAAGUUCAAUCGCCCGAUAGGAGCCUACUAUAUUCUAUGCGAUUAUGGGGCGACAGUAUUCAAAAACUCCGCAUAGCAUCUGGUACUAUUUAUAAUGAGAUUAUUGUUUGGAGGCCAGUUCUGCUUGAUGAUGAUAGGGUUGACCAUCAGCAUUACGGCGCUGUACGUAUGCUUAGGCUUACAGGACAUGAGGGUUCAAUAUUUCGCAUCGUUUGGUCGUUGGAUGGGUCAAAACUAGUCUCUGUCUCUGAUGAUCGUAGUGCAAGGAUAUGGGAAGUUGAUUCUGUGCAAAAUCAUGCUGAUAAUUGGCAGGAGGUUGUUGGCCCUGUGCUUUUUGGUCACAGUGCUAGGGUCUGGGACUGCUGCAUCACUGAUUCUCUGGUCAUCACUGCUGGCGAGGAUUGUACAUGUCGUGUCUGGGGCUUGGAUGGUAAACAACUAGAGAUUGUCAAGGAACAUAUUGGAAGGGGCAUAUGGAGAUGUCUCUAUGAUCCUAGCUCAUCACUUCUUGUUACUGCUGGAUUUGACUCCGCCGUCAAAGUACAUCAAUUGCAUAAUUGUGGUUCUGGAACCUUUUUGGGCAAUACAGGAGCGAGAUCAUCCCCUGAAAAAAUGGAGUCUCUUUCGGUUUGCCUCCCAAAUUCAACACAACAUACUGGGCUCAUGGACAGCAAAAGUGAGUAUGUACGCUGCUUGCGCUUCACACAGAACGAUACCAUGUAUGUUGCUACAAACCAUGGUUUCUUGUUCCAUGCAAAGCUAUUGACAUCUGGAAAUGUAAAGUGGGCCAAAUUAGUUCGCAUUCCCAAAGAGGGGCCUAUUAUCUGCAUGGAUGUGAUGCGUGGAAGAGAGAUGCACAAAUCUUGUGAAUUAGAUGAUUGGGUUGUUCUUGGAGAUGGAAAAGGAUACAUGACAAUUGUUCGAGUUGUUGAUGAUACGUAUGACCCUGUUGUGGGCUUGAGGCAAAGUUGGAAAGCUGGCCCUGAGAGACAGCUCCUUGGCACCUUCUGGUGCAACUCGUUAGGAUUUAGGUAUGUAUUUUCGUCCAAUCCAAGAGGACAACUGAUGCUUUGGAAAUUAACUUGUCCUUUAGCAUCUGAUUCUUCCGAUGCUUCUGGGACCUCUGAUAUCUCUCUUUUGGCUGAAUUCUCCUCUUCGUUUGGAAUGCGAAUAAUGUGUCUGAAUGCAUCUGUUGAGGAUGAGGUGCUUGUGUGUGGAGAUAUACGUGGCAAUAUCUCACUCUUCCCUCUGCCAAAAAGCAUGCUAUCUAACUCAUCUGUUUCUCCGGAAUUGAAGAUAUCUCCAACAAAUUAUUUUAAAGGUGCCCAUGGGAUUUCAACUGUUUCCAGUCUUUCAGUUGCAAGACUUACUUACAACAAAGUGGAAAUCUGCUCGACUGGAGGAGACGGCUGCAUAUGCUAUUUCGAGUAUGAUAAAGAGAGGCAAGCUUUGGAGUUCAUGGGUCUGAAGCAAGUGAAAGAGUUGAGUUUAGUUCAAUCUAUCUGUCAAAAUUUGAGCUUGGCAAAUGACCAGCCAAAUCAUGAAUAUGCGGCCGGGUUUGCAUCAACAGACUUCCUAGUGUGGAACAUAACUAACGAAACAAAGGUGGCACAAAUCUCAUGUGGUGGAUGGCGCCGUCCCCAUUCCUUUUAUUUAGGGGAUAUCCCUGAGAUGAACAACUGCUUUGGAUAUGUUAAGGAUGAUGUCAUUCAUAUCCAUAGACAAUGGGUUGGAAAACAAGACAGCAAAGUAUAUCCUCAGAAUUUGCGCAUGCAAUUUCAUGGAAGAGAGAUACAUUCCGUAUGUUUCAUCUCUAGGGAUACAAAAGCAGGAUUAGAGGCUGAAGAAUGGAGAUCGUCUAAUCGAUCUAGUUGGAUUGCAACUGGGUGUGAAGAUGGAACUGUGAGAUUGACUAGGUUUGCUUCGGACGUUGAAAAUUGGUCAGCAUCAGAGCUAUUAGGGGAACAUGUUGGUGGCUCAGCUGUGAGGUCGGUUUGCUGCGUAUCAAAAACUCACAGAAGUGCUUUGGACCUUACUAGUCUAGCUGGCAGAGGUGGAGAAGACUCUCCAGAUGAAGAUAAUGGAAGUCCUUGCUUACUAAUUUCUGUUGGAGCUAAGCGUGUCUUAACUUCGUGGCUCCUAAGAAAUGGUAGAAGUAAUAAAAGGGAAGAAUCUUCUGUACAUGAAAAUGGACACAGUACUGCUUCAUUGGAAUCGUCACCAGUGACGUUCCAGUGGCUUGCUACGGACAUGCCCCGAAAAAGUUCUCAUCCUUGUGGAAGAAGUGAGACACCUGGGAAAGUUCCGGGUGUUGGUGGCAAAGAUGUCCUGAAUUCAGGGUCCAAUUCUCAUCAAGUCAGAGAAAAAUAUGAAGAUGACUGGAGAUAUAUGGCAGUUACUGCGUUUCUUGUAAAAUGUGCUGGUUCCAGGCCAACUAUCUGUUUUGUUGUUGUGGCUUGCUCAGAUGCCACCCUCACAUUACGAGCACUUGUUUUACCACAUAGACUAUGGUUUGAUGUUGCAUCUUUGGCUCCUUUAACAUCACCGGUCCUGUCACUACAACAUGCUGUUGUUCCUCUUUGCCUCCUUCCUGAAGGUGAUGGUCCAGCUAGUAAUGUGUAUCUUGUCAUCAGUGGCGCCACUGAUGGAAGCAUAGCCUUCUGGGAUGUGACUAAAAACGUUGAAGCUUUUGUAAAGCAAGUAUCAAGCCUCCAUAUUGAGAAGUUCAUUGAUUGUCAGAAACGGCCACAAACAGGAAGAGGAAGCCAAGGUGGUCGGAAGUGGAAGUUUUCGGGCCCAAACAUGUCUAAACAAGGACAAGACAACAAUUUGGUUGGCGAAACUUCCCUAGAAGAUUCAGCAGUGCAUUCUGAACUCACAAAUGGUGUUCCUCACGAGAGUGACGUAAGUAAAAACGGUGAUUCUCCACCCGAGACAAGCAAAGUAGAACCCUCACAUGUUGUCAGGAGAGCUCACCAAUCAGGGGUUAAUUGCCUACACGUUUCUUGCUCACGGAGCUCCCAAAGUCAUGGAAACUGUUUUUCAUUCGAUGUGAUUAGCGGAGGCGAUGACCAAGCACUUCAUUAUCUCUCUUUCGACAUCUUUGACUCAGGCAAGAAAUCAGAAACCAUGAUGCAUACUGGUCAGAACCAAAUCUGCAGUUACAGACUCAGGCUCAUAGACCAUGGAGUAAUGACCUCGGCUCACAGCUCUGCCGUGAAAGGUGUGUGGAUGGAUGGAAACUGGGUAUUCUCUACAGGUCUUGAUCAACGCAUAAGAUGUUGGCAUAUCGAUGAAGAUGGUAAACUAACAGAGCGUGCCCAUGUUAUCAUCAGUGUCCCCGAGCCAGAAGCGCUGGAUGCUAGAACUUGUGGCGAAAACCGAUAUCAGAUCGCCGUUGCUGGACGUGGGAUGCAAACCGUUGAAUUCUCAUCGUAACAGCCCGGUUGAGAUCCAUUUUGAGCUUUCCUGUGGUCCAACCGGAAUCGAGAUGAUUACUAUGUACCAGCGAGAAUGACAUGGGAACAACAAACCCUCAAUACCAUAUUGAUACCAAACCGACCUUGAUUUCUGGUUUGACUAAACCGAGUUGCUGGUUGAGCUCGGUUAGGAGCUGAUUGCAUUGGUGGGCGCUCCCUGAAAUUUCAUUUCUGUCGGUGGUGCCACAUUAAAUUUUGGUGGGGUAGAUCUCUGGUCCCUUUUGUUGUGAACGUGACGUUAUUUCUGAAACCCAUGUGGACCCCGCAUGAGCGCAAACCGGAGCUGUGUUCACGGCAUCAUGUGUCAUGUAAUAAAAGAUGUGGUAAUUUAUUAUUAACUCCACCGACUAGAUAUUUUGAUUUUGUUUAAGGGUGGAAUUAAUCGUGCAUGGGUUUUGCAUAGGGGUGUCAAAACGAGCCCGGCUCGUGAGCUGGCUCGUGGCUCGCCAGAAAACGAGCGAUCUGAGCCGUAAUUUUUUCAGGUCGUUAAAAAACGAGCCUAACGAGCCAGAGCUCAUUGAACACGUGUUCAAUGAGUCUGGCUCGGCGAGCUGGCGAGCUGCUCAACGAGCUGGUAUUUUUUUUAAAAAUAAAUUAAAUUUAUAUAAAAAAACUCUAAUAUAAUUUUAUAUUAAUUUUU